AUGCUGCCGCUGCUGGUGGCCUCCCUGACGCGGUCCCAUGUCACUGCCCGCGACGCUCCAUGCCAGGUUGUCCUUCUCUACAUCGUCGUCGUCUUCCAGCUCGGCUCGGCGAAGGAGAAGGGACAGUUCCUCCUGUACCGACCACUACCCGCGAAGAAGGGACAGUUCCUCCCUCUGUACCGACCACUACCAGAGGAGAAGAACGGACAGUUCCUCCUUCUGUACCGACCACUACCAGAGGAGAAGGGACAGUUGCUCCUUCUGUACCGACCACUACCGGAGGAGAAGAACGGACAACAGAUUGCCAGUGGGACGAUUGACCUUCAAAGAUUCUUUGAACUUUUCAGCAUGCCAUUGAAAUCAUUUUCAAAGACAUUUGGGCUCUCUGAACUGUCAAAAGGAUACUUCCCUUAUUUCUUCAACACAACAGUCAACAAGAAUUACGAACUGGGCCAACAGGAGUGGCUUCAGGAACUGGACCAACAUGAGCGGCUACAGGAACUGGACCAACGUGAGUGGCUACAGGAACUGGACCAACAGGAGUGGCUACAGGAACUGGACCAACAGGAGUGGCUACAGGAACUGGACCAACAGGAGUGGCUACAGGAACUGGACCAACAUGAGUGGCUACAGGAACUGGACCAACAGGAGUGGCUACAGGAACUGGACCAACAAGAGUGGCUACAGGAACUGGACCAACAGGAGUGGCUACAGGAACUGGACCAACAGGAGUGGCUACAGGAACUGGACCAACAUGAGUUGCUACAGGAACUGGACCAACCUGAGCGUCUUGAUUCUUGGUCAUCGAAAGUGCGGACGGAAGUCCACUGA